GCCAUGGACACCAAGCGCUGCUUCGCCAACCGCUUCGACGACUACAAGGGCAGCCUGCUGGGCGGCCAGUGCAAGGAGACGGCGAUGCCUUUGGUGACGGCCACCAUCGACCGCAUCCUCCAAGAGGUGCCUCCGCUGAGCGGCGACGAGGCGGCCGGUGGUCUGGGCGGCUGCCAAGGCGGGCUCUACAGCGGCGUGGCCGGCGUGGCCUACAUGCUGUACCACGUCGCUCGCUGCCCGCUCUUCGCCCAGGCGCGGGACUCCUACCUGCGGACUGCCAAGCAGCUGGUCGACGCCUGCGUGCGCUACGAGGAGGACUGGGGCCAAGGCGACGCCGACACCCGCGCUGCCUUCCUGCUCGGCGGCGCCGGCGUCUACGCGGUGGCGACGCUGGUCUACCAGGCUCUCGGGCUGCCCGACGGGGCUCGGUCGCUGGGCAAGUUCCGCGAGCUGUGCGAGCUCUGCGCCCCCAUCACCUUCCUCGAGUGCGGCUCCGACGAGCUCUUUGUGGGCCGCGCCGGCUACCUGUGCGCCGCCCUGGUGCUGAAGCAGAAGCUGGGCAUGGAGGUGUUGACUCCAGCACAGAUCAAAUCAAUUUGUCAAGUGAUCUUAGAAUCUGGCAAGCAAUAUGCACUGCGGAAGAGGAAACCAGUUCCACUCAUGUAUUCUUACUAUGGAACAGAGUAUCUUGGGGCUGCUCAUGGACUUUCAUCCAUCCUACAGAUGCUGCUCUCUUAUUAUGAAUAUCUCCAACCCGCUGAUCAAGAACUAGUGUGGCAGAGUGUUGAUUUCCUUAUGGAUCAAGAACAGAAUUCCAACUGGGCACCAGAACUAGGAGAGACAAUUGAACGAGAAAAUGAGCUUGUUCACUGGUGUCAUGGAGCUCCAGGAAUUGCAUACAUGUUUGCAAAAGCAUAUUUAGUUUCCAAGAAGCCCCAAUAUCUAGAUAGUUGUAUCCGGUGUGGAGAACUGACUUGGCAGAAGGGACUACUGAAGAAGGGACCUGGAAUAUGUCAUGGGGUGGCUGGCAGUGCUUAUGUGUUCCUGCUCCUGUACAGGCUAACUGGAAACUCUAAAUACAUCUACAGAGCACAAAGGUGUGUGGAAGUUUUUUAUAUUUAUUUUCAUGCCGGCAGAGUGGAAGAACCUUAUGUCAGUAUUACCAAGAAGAGGCAGAUGCCCCGAGAUGGUCAUUCAGAGGAAGUUGAGAAAGAAGUGGGCCAGGCAGAGGGCAAGCUCUUUACACACAGGUCUGCAUUUAGUAGAGCAUCAGUGAUCCAAGCUUUCCUAGGCUCUGCACCUCAACUGACACUUCAGCUGUAUAUAUGUGUCCUACAGCAGGAGAUCACAGCAGCUAGAAGUAUCUUCAUGGUGCUUUCCCUCCUAUCAAUAGUGUAUGGAGCACUGCGCUGCAACAUCCUGGCCAUUAAGAUUAAGUAUGAUGAUUAUGAUGUCAGCGUGAAACCUGCUGCCUACCUCUGCAUCUUCCUCUGGCGAAGCUUUGAGAUUGCUACCAGAGUUAUCAUUCUCGUCCUCUUCAGUUCAGUCCUUCAAAUCUGGAUCCUUCCUGUGGUGCUUGUCAAUUUCUUUGCCUUUUUCUUCUACCCUUGGAUUCUCUUCUGGCAAAGUAAGUCUGCUUUGCCAGAAAACAUUGAGAAGGCUUUGAGUAAAGUAGGCACCACCAUUGUUCUAGGCCUUCUCACUUUCUUAUAUGCUGGCAUCAACAUGUUCUGCUGGUCUGCUGUGCAGCUGAAGCUAAAUGAUUCCGACCUAAUUGACAAAUCCCAGAACUGGUACAGGCUGGCUUUAUAUUACAUAAUAAGGUUUUUUGAGAAUGCUUUUCUCUUGCUGAUGUGGUAUAUGUAUAAGACUGAUGUUUACAUGUAUGUGUGUGCCCCAUUGCUUGUCUUGCAGCUGUUGAUUGGCUAUUGCAUAGCUGUCCUUUUUAUGCUUGUGUUCUACCAGUUUUGCCACCCAUGCAAGAAACUUUUCUCAUCUAAUAUUUCAGAAGGAUUGCUUGUGUGUUUCAAAUUCUUUUGUUUUGUCUGCAAGCCUGUGACAUCCAGCAACUCGGUGGAAAAGGCAGACUUGAAAUCUCCAAAUGAUGCUGAUAGUGAUGCACAGGCCAGUUACAAAGCCAGUGAAUCCCACAAUGGAAAUGCACAUCACAGUGUUUCUUCCAAUGCCUAGAAUAAAUGUCUGAUAUUGAGGAGGUACCACAUUAAAGAGAGAGCCAGUUUGAUGUAGUGGUUAAGUUCAUUGAUGCUUAUCUGGAAGAACCGGGUUAGAUUCUCCACUCCUCCACUUGCAGUUGCUAGAAUGACCUUGGGUCAGCCAUAGCUGUGAGAGCCCUCUCAGCCCCAUCCACCUCACAGGGUGUCUGUUGUGGGGGAGGAAGAUAAUGGAGAUUGUGAGCAGCUCUGAAAUUCGGAGAGAAGGGUGGGAUAUAAAUUCAAUUUCUUCUAGCUGCAGAUCACUUUAUUCAAAAUCUUUCUUAUUAUGUUGAUGAAGUGGGAGUGUCUAACCAGAUGUUCUUCUAGGCAUAUAACCCACAUGGCAGUUUUAUUGAGUUUGUGCAUAUUGUAGAUUAAUGCUGUUUGUUGGUUUUAUAUCAAAUUAUCUGUCUCUUCUGAAUACCUUAAGAGGAGGGCAUGUCUUAAGUCUUGUCAAGUUGUUACAGUGCUAGCUUGGUUCAGCAACUAUGAUGAUAAUUGGAGUGCCUGUCAACUAAUGUGGAUGGCAUCCUUUCUGGAUGAUAUGCUUUACUUUAGAUUCAGGAACUUAUGAACUUUGUUCCUAGAAGUCUCUCCAAGUCCAGAAACAAAAGACUAAACAAUGAGCAAGUGGUUUAUUUCAGGAAAGGAGCUGAACUGAUUACAGGAAAUGGAAAGGUUCGAUCCUGUGUCAAGUUUGUCUCCACUGUGUACAAUAUUAUCUUCUAGAUUGGAACCAGAAGCAUCCAAAUCCAAACAGGAACAUACAGACAGAACAUAACCACUUAAUUCAAGACUUUGACACUGACUUGCCAAAUUUUCCUUCCAAGUGCCACAAAUAUUGACUCUUUCCAGAAGGCAGCUUAUAGAUUUGCUCUUUUAGUUUGAUUUUUGCUUUGAUUUUAUUGUCUAGUUCAAUUAUGUUUUUUGCUUUGUAAGGUGCUAAGCAAGCUCUGGGGAAUGGGUACACAAAAGAUGCCAUUUAUAAAUAAUAUGUAAGCAAGAGUUUAGUUGCUAGAAAUGUGAGUAAAUGCAUUACAAAUCUGUGUGUGUUAUUUUAUAUAAAUAGUUCAGCUUCUAAUGUUUCCAUUGUGUCAUUACUAUUAUUGAAAAUGAAAGGAAAAAAUAAUUUGUUAGAGCUGUUAUUAUGAAGUGAAGCCACAUCUUAAAAACUGAGUUCAAGGUGCUGCAUGGUUUGGUUGUA